AUGGAUGUAGAUGACAAUCGGCCAGAUCCAGUGAUGCAAAGGUAUCAGCAACUCGUGAAAGAAUAUCCAACGAAGAUACGAAGCCUUAUUUGGAGGAACGUAGGCCAAGAUAGUAACAGACAUGCGGAUGCACUUGCUUUUAUAGCUUCAAUGAUUGAAGAUCCAAAAAUCGGACACAUCAUGAUUGAACGGUUAAUGCAACCCUCAGUAAACAGAGAAGAAAGGGAGUCCAAAGUGAUGAUGGUCGAAGAAGGAAUCUGGGAAGUCGAUUCCGUAUACCCACAAAGCAACGGGAAAGCGGAGGCUACUAACAAGACACUAGCAAACACAUUGAAAAAACAGUUGGAUGGUCAUCAUAAAGGAUGGUGUGAACAGAUCCCAAAUGUGGUAUGGUCCUAUAGAACCACCCGGAGAGAUGCAACCGGAAUGUCACCCUUUUGUUUGACGUAUGGAGCUGAGGCGGUGUUGCCUGUCGAAGUCAUCCUUCCAACUACGAGGAAGGAAACAUGGGAGAAAGUGCUAAAAUUCAGAUUUGAUCUUAGAAAAGUUGGAUGA